ACUCUUUUUUUUUGCAACUACACAACAUCUUGAGUGCGUGUCAGUUUUCCUGUGCAACGAUUUUCUUCACAUAUUUUUUAUUUUUAAAAAAGAAAAUCGUAGGAAAAUCUCAAUAAUUUUAGUAAAAGGCAUUAAUAUAAUCUUAUAUAAAUAGCUAAACAAGCACAAACAUGUCGGAACAAAUAGUUGACCAAGUGGUCGAAGUAGUUAAAGAUGCAGCGGAAUCACUUGAGAAUAAUGCAACCAGCGAGACGAUAACAAAUGCAAAAGUACCUUCAACACCUGAAGGAAUUGCUCUGGCCUAUAGUAGUUUGGUGAUCAUGGCUGUGCUACCCAUAGUAUUUGGUUCCAUACGCUCAGUCAAACUGCACAAAAACAGGAGGAUAACCGGUGAAAAGGUGGAUACCAUGACAAAGAAGGAUGCCCUGUUUUUCCCCAUCAUUGCGUCCAUAUCUCUUUUUGGUUUAUACACAUUUUUCAAGGUGUUCUCGAAGGAUCAUAUUAAUCUCUUAUUGACUGUAUAUUUCUUCUUUUUGGGCGUCAUCGCUUUGGCGCAUUUGCUCAGUCCCGUAGUGCAUUCAUUGGUGCCAGCCGCUGUGCCAAAAAUACCAUUCCAAAUACACUUUACUAAAGGUGAAGGUAAAAAUAAGGAAGAUCUCAUUAAUUACAAAUUUUCCACACACGACGUUGUGUGUCUAGUUCUAUCCACUGCUAUUGGUGUUUGGUAUCUAUUGAAAAAACAUUGGAUAGCCAAUAAUCUGUUUGGGAUAGCUUUUGCUGUGAAUGCCGUGGAAAUGUUACACUUGAACAAUGUCGUGACUGGAUGCAUCCUAUUAUGUGGAUUGUUCUUCUAUGACAUCUUUUGGGUGUUUGGUACAAAUGUUAUGGUCACCGUGGCCAAAAGUUUUGAAGCACCCAUUAAGCUAGUCUUUCCACAGGAUCUGAUCACCAAUGGCUUGAGCGCCUCCAAUUUUGCUAUGCUUGGUUUGGGAGAUAUCGUUAUUCCUGGCAUAUUCAUAGCAUUGUUGCUACGCUUUGAUCAGAGCACAAAGCGUAGAAACCGCAUCUAUUUCCUUUCGACAUUGACAGCAUAUUUCGUGGGACUAAUGGCCACCAUUUUUGUAAUGCAUGUCUUUAAACAUGCCCAACCAGCUUUGUUGUAUUUGGUUCCUGCCUGCAUGGGUACACCCUUAUUGGUUGCUAUAGUGCGCGGUGAACUUAGGACCUUAUUUGCAUAUGAAGAUCAUCCCGAGGAAAAGCCAGAAAAGAAAGAGAACAAGGAAAACAGCAGCAACAAAAAGAAGGAGUCUAAAAAAGCUAAAUGAUUAUCAGGCGAUUAUCAUCCGCACUCCGAUACAUCCACCAAUAUAACAACCAACUCCAUCACUACCAACAACAGCUUGCAGCAUUCGACCUCGACUGUUGUAAAACGUUAUCCGAAACAUUUAUCGCGUCCCAAUUCAUAUAUAUGAAUAUCCGAAAAGACAUAUUCGUUCCACUGCACCACCCACAACUGAAACAAUAUUACAACUUUUCAUUUGAUGAUAUGAUUGAUGUAUUUAAUAUUUUAGGAGCUUGUUUUUGUUUUGAUAUAUACUAUGAUGUUAUAAUUUUUUUUUUAACUUUAUAAAAUCAUCACUUUUUUAUACAACAACAACAAUAUGCAUACUAUAUAUUAUUGAAAAAAAAAAAAACACAACAAAACAAAAUAUACAUAAAUAUAGUUCAAUAUUUUAAACAGUCGUUUAUUGCUAUACCUAUACAAAAUAUACAUAUAUGUAUGUAUGUAUGUGUAAAUAAUAAGAAGUCUGCCUUUCUUCCGCUUCUCCCAUAUAAGUUUUUAUUUAUGAAAAGAAUUUCUUUAAUAACUGCAUUAUUUGGCAGUUAUUGUAAUAUUCGCUUGGUAAUAUAUAUAAAAAUGACAAUUUCUUAGAAAGAAAACAAUGCAUAUAUAUAUACAAACACAACAACAAAAUCUGUAUUUCAAUUAUUAAACAAACUUAAAUAAUCAUUUGAAAUCCCAAAUUUUAUGAAAUGAGAAGAAAAAUAAAUUUUUAAUUUUAUUUAAA